ACAGAUCCUAAAUCUCGUUCUCGACGACGGAACUCAAGGAAGAGAGAAAGCAAAGUAGAGCUAGGUCCAAAGAUCGAAGCUUAAAAUUCUCUCCACAUCUUACCCGUUAUAGCUUCAGUUAAUUUCAAUGGAAGCUGUUCCACCAUCUCCCAUUAUAUGGCCGAAUGGAGGUGAGCUCACGAACGAGUGGGUACAUGGGCUUAUGUCGUCUUUCGAAUGGUCUUCAUGGAAUCUACCUCCUUCCCAGUUACCUUCACUAAUGCCAGUCAACGUCUUUGAUUCCCUCGUCCUCACCGCUUCCAAAAUCCUCCACAAAGAGCGUAACUGUGUUCAUAUCGAUGAUCUUGAUUCCGAAUCCAACGUUGUUGUGGUUGGUGACAUUCAUGGUCAGCUCCAUGACCUUCUCUUCCUAUUGAAAGAUACUGGCUUUCCUUGUCAAAACCGGUGUUAUGUAUUCAACGGAGACUAUGUGGACCGUGGUGCUUGGGGGCUCGAGACCUUCCUUGUUCUCUUGUCCUGGAAGGUUUUAAUGCCGGAUAGAGUCUACCUUCUCCGUGGUAAUCAUGAAUCCAAAUAUUGUACAUCCAUGUACGGUUUUGAAAAGGAAGUGCUUACAAAAUACGGCGACAAGGGGAAACAUGUGUACCGCAAAUGUUUAGGUUGCUUUGAAGGUCUUCCUUUGGCUUCUAUUAUUUCAGGACGUGUGUAUACUGCACACGGAGGUCUUUUCCGUAGCCCAAUCUUGCCUAAGAGAACAAGGGGGAAAAAGAACCGUCGGGUAGUUCUUCUAGAACCUGAGCCGAGCUCGUUGAAACUCGGUACUUUAGAUGAAUUGAUGCAAGCUCGAAGAUCAGUUCUUGAUCCUCCUUGGGAAGGUUCAAACUUGAUUCCUGGGGAUGUUUUAUGGUCCGACCCUUCAAUGAGUCCAGGCCUUUCGCCAAAUGAACAGAGAGGCAUUGGUCUUCUUUGGGGUCCUGAUUGUACAGAGGAAUUUUUGAAGAAAUACGAACUAAAGUUAAUCAUCAGAUCACAUGAAGGUCCAGAUGCUAGAGAGAAGAGAUCUGGUCUUGGUGGAAUGGACCAAGGAUAUACAAUAGAUCACACUGUCGAAUCUGGAAAGCUUAUCACUAUUUUCAGUGCACCAGACUAUCCACAAUUCCAAGCAACAGAAGAUAGGUACAAAAACAAAGGAGCAUAUAUUAUAUUACAGGCUCCUGAUUUCUCCGAUCCUCAAUUUCAUAGUUUCGAAGCUGUUAAACCGCGACCAAAGGCGCAUCCAUAUUAUGACUUCGAAAAUGUGAUUGAUUCUGAUGAUGAAAUGGAUAAGUCGGCUUUGGACACCAAUGACGAACAACCAAAUCACUGACCAUUCUUGGAAAUAGCUGAAAAGAAGAAUCUUGAAAUGAAGUUUUUUACAGUUGUUGUGAUUGAUCAUUGUUUGCAAAGAGGACCAUGGAAGCAAAUGUAAAGAAAAGAGAUGAAGAAAAUCAUUUGUAGAAUUACCAUUUAUUCGAGUUAUGGGUGGAAGAUUAGCCCGCUUCAGUUUCUUA